AUGUCUCAACAACAGACAAGCAUCGCGGCCCAAGGCCAACCCAUCCCCGCGGCCGUGAAGACGUACGUCUCCGACUGCGCUCUCCUCCUUGACGAGUUCGGUCCCGUUAUCGCUAGCGGUAAGACCUUGGCUUUGUCAACAAAGCUCGGCGCCAAGGUCUGCUUGUACGCCCAGGCCGACGCUGACCCUUGGCUUGGCUUUUCGCUGGAGUUGCCUUUGGGCAAGGACCAAGUCGAGAACGAAGCAUCUGGCUUUGGCGUCCUUCACCAAGUCAGGAGAACUCACGACGAUGAAGUGGUACCCGUCGAUCAUCACAAGCUCGACGUCAAGUUUCCCCGUGGCAAGAUCCAGACGAGCUUCGAGGAUGCACCAGGGCCAGUGCUUGCCCGGUUCCCCAAUGCCAAGCGCCGAGACAAGGGCAUGACGGUCUUCAAAGUCGUCAUGGAUGAUGCUUUGGCAACGAUCCACGGGUUUGGUUACCCAUUCGCCAACGCCGACGACGCCGAGGUUGAAGGGUGGGUGAACGACAACAAGCCCAUCGUCGAUGGCAUCACCCUGAUGGACGUCCUGCGAAGCAAACGGUUUUGCUUUGUUCUGCCCGUGCCUCUAGCCUCCGCCACCAAGUUUCUCGUGACGGAUCGCCUCCCUGCGCCGUUCAUCUAUCCAUACGGCCCCUUGCAGGAAUGGGACGUUGGCGCGUACAAGGGUGUUUUGGCCAAGAACAAGGGGCAUCAGUUCAUGCCGGCCUUCAGUCACCCCAGCGACCUCUCUCACAUCACCUCGGUCGUUCAAGCCGCCGUCCAGGACGUGAUGUGGAUUGACGACGCGGUCCAGGAGAUCUUAAAGCUCAAGUUCCCGGCCUACUUCGUGAGCUCCGAGACCCGCGCCGCCGAGGAUACGGACCGGUUCCACGUUGUGGUUGCAUUGACCACGCAGUUCCGUGAGGAGUUCGAUUCUCCAUGGCGACGUCUCACCAAGGGCGAAACCUUCAAGAUCCGGCUCUUCAACUCGUUCGAGGACGAGGAGGCUGACGAGACUUGGGACUGCAAGAUCAUCGAGUAUCCUAGCAAGGUCGAUGCUCUCAACGACCACCCCGUCGACAAGCACGAGAUGGUCCUGUACGUGCGACGGCCCAAGCCGAAGCUGGAGGACUCCAAGGAGAAGAAGAAGAAGCAGCCGUACAAGAACUGCCUUACCCUCGAAUUCGAUGCCGAGCUGCAGGACUGCAAGCGAAAGGUCGACGCAACGGUCGUCUUCACUUCCGAGGCUCUUCCGUCUAACAUCGUUGGAUGUGGCUUGCCUCUGGAUCGAGAGACCGGUGGGCUUGCCGACAACCUUUCGGAGGAGGAGUCCGAGCUGCUGGAGAAGGUUCAAGAUCGGAUGAACCUGCAUAGGGCCCUUCUGCGAGGGACCGGCUUCUGGGACUGGAUGGUGAUUCGGAGUCUCCAAGAUCUCGUCGGGGCCUUGCAGGCUGUGAAUCUGGAUGACGCGCCUCCUGCCCCCGCUCCCAAGCUGCGAGCCUUGCCCAGCACCAACUUCCUCGACUUCGAGGAUGAGGCCUAUGCCGAUGCCAUCGUCGCAGAGGCCCUGCCCCAAGAUCGGUCUCGCUUCCGCGGGUACCUGAGCAAUCGACCCUUCGGCCUUGGGAUGAUCACCGCUGGUCCCGGUUUUGGCAAGACGACCGCUGGAGCUGCCGCCACCCUCGCAAUGCAUGCGAAGCUCGGCAAGAUCCUCUGUUCGGCUCCCACCAACGUCGCAGUCGACAACUUUGCCAGCCGCCUCGAGCGCAGGGGCCGUGCCGUGGUUGAGCGCUACAACAAUGGCUUGCAGGAAGGUCAAGCUCGUCGCCGCCGCCCCUUCGUCGUCCGUGCGUUCAAGCCCCGUCAGGAGGAGGACGCCUUUCUGGAGCUGCUGAGGAAGCCCCAGGCCGUCAACAAGGGAGCCCCCAAGCCGACCUGGGGUGUGCCGUCAAAGUGGACCCUGCCCAUGUCUUGCACUUUCUGGCUGCUGGUCAUCCUACGGUCCCCCCUGGUCAGAGAGCUGCACCCAGAUGACUGUGAAGCCCUGCACGAGAUUCAGGAGAGUAUCGAUAGCCGCGAGAAGUUCGACCCCGUCCGCAAGCUCGCAAAGGGUGACAUCACCUGGGAGCAGUUCAGAGACAUGCCCGAUGUCGAGGACUCACUCGACGCGGUCUGCACAUGGCUUCCGACGAUCGCGCAUCGUGCAGACAUGCUUUGCACCACCCCCGCCGCCACGAACAAUGUCAAGGACUACCGGCAGUGGAAGCAAGGUAUCGCUUGUGGCAUCGCGGUCGAUGAGGCUGCCAAUAUGCACCGCAGCGAUCUCUAUUGCGUGUGGGGCAACACUCUUCUUCCCUGCUUCCUGUUCGGCGAUCCCAAGCAGCUCCCUCCCGCCAUCAUGACGGACAACGAGAAGGAAAGGGUGCUGCCCAGUGGUGACCCCGACGACAAGGGCAAGGGCAAGGAUGAGGUCAAGGACAACGAGGUGGCCGCCAGCUACAUCAACCGCUUCGCCAAGGAUGGCAAGGUCUCGGCCUUGCAGUAUCUGCAGGCUUCUGGGCUCCCGGUGUACCGCCUCAAGACCCAGCUUCGGAUGGCCAAAGGGAUGUUCGACAUGGUGGCUGGCAUCAUUUACCCCGAUGUUCCGUUCGAGUAUGCCGCCAGCCGCUCCAUCGACCAUGCGGAGUUCCAGAUCGGCCGAGACCUUGAGGCUUUUGCUCAGGCCAGGUUCCCUGGGCUGGCGAAAUGUCCGGAGGGCACCCUCAAGCCCUUCUUCAUCCACUGCGAGGGCUCAUAUGUCUUCACCGACCCCUCCACUGGGUCGAAGAGGAGCCCCGACCAGGUCACCGUCGCGCUGGACUUUGCUGCUGAGUUCGUCAAGUCCAAGAAGGCCGACCCUGCGAGAAUUGUCUUCAUCUCGCCCUACGCCGCCAACGUCCGGGUCAUCAACGGCAUGCGGAGGAAGCCCGAGUACGCAUGCCUCACCAGCAUGCCGGAUGCGAUGACGGUCGACUCGUUCCAGGGUCAGGAGAACGAUCUCGCGAUCGUGGUCAUGGGAACCGCUCACCCCAACCCUGGCCCAGGCUUCACCUCGAACUCCCAGCGCCUCAACGUCAUGCUCACCCGGCAAAAGUGCGGGCUCGUCAUCGUUGGCGACAUCUACGUUGCUGGUGCGGUGACGAGGGGCAAGAAGAAAGGACCGGUCCAGACCAAGUUCAUCGUCGAGGGCCCCAACGGUGAGAUCAGCAUGGUCAAGGCGGCAACGCUUCGACAGCUCUACAAAGAGCUGCAUGGUUCUGGUCGGGUGGCAACGGUGGUGGUGAGGGAGGUCAAGAAGACCAAGGAGGGCAAGGAGGGCAAGGAGGGCAAGGAGGGCAAGGAGGGCAAGGAGGGCAAGGAGGACAAGGCCUCCUCAUCUUGA